CUCGCGGAGGGGUGGACGUCGCUCGUAAUCUCCCCGCGCUCCACCUGCGAACCCGAAUCCAAACAUUUCCACGCGAUUCUCAACUCAAAAACCCCACAUUGAACCAAAUAAAAACGCUAAAUUUGCUCAUUUUUCCCCAAUAUUUUACGCGCGUCAAAGGAACCGGGAGGGGGGGGGGGUCUCCUCUCCAGCGCGUCCGUGCCCGAUCGGAAGCACCUUUUCCCGGGGUUGUGGGGCGGGGGGGGGACGGUCCUGGGAGCUUUUUGGAUGCUUCGGAGCGGAGUUGAAGCGAAGUCCGAAACGCGGUGACGAGACGCCGGGGGAAGGAGCGCUCCUGCCCGGGCUUGAACAUGGACGCGCCGUCGCUCUGCUUCUCCAUUGUGCUGCUCCUGUUACAAUGCGCCGCGCUGCUGUCCGUCACUGUCACCAGUAAUCGCCACAAAGUCGAGGUCAAAGAAAACUCAGAGGCGGUGCUGUCCUGCCUCUACAAAACGGAGAGAGACCAGAACCCGCGCAUCGAGUGGAAGAAGAGAGGGAGGGACGUGUCAUUCGUUUACUUUGACGGACAGUUCAGAGGUCCGUUCGAGGGCAGAGCGACCAUAGAGGGCGCCACUGUCACUCUGCAUGGAGUCACUCAGGACGACGCCGGAGAAUAUCGCUGUGAGAUCAGCGCUCCUCUGGACUCAGUCAGCCUGGGAGAGACCAACGUCACCCUCAAAGUACUGGUCCCUCCUCACACUCCGUCCUGCGAGAUCCCCACCUCCGCGGUCACUGGGUCUGUAGUACGACUCCGCUGUCACGACCAUCAGAGCAUCCCUCCGGCCACGUACUCCUGGUUCAAAGACUCUCAGCCAAUCAGCUCUCCCCGCCACAGCAACGACUCGUACGUGCUCAACUCGUACACCGGAGUCCUGGAGUUCAAAUCCGUGUCCAAAGAAGACAGCGGGAGGUACAGCUGCCUCGCCUCAAACGGAAUCGGAACUCCCAAAAUGUGUGAAGCGAAAAACAUGACAAUAGAGGAUGUGAAUGUAACAGCUGUAGUAGUAGCAGUACUGGUCAUCGGACUCAUCGUGGCCAUCUGCAGUUGUGGAGGAGUACUACUACAUCGCAAUGGGUUUUUUAGUCGACACAGAGGGAGGUCCAACGUCAACUACAUCCCUCCGCCACAAGAGGAUUUCAAACACACUCAGUCCUUCAUGCUAUGAGACCCGCCGCCUCCUCUUCAACCCAGUGCCAACAGCAACAAUUUACAAACAUAUUUUCGACUAUCUUCCAGUAACGAAACCUGUCAAAAUCGAUCAAAACCUUCAGCAAAGUCUGUUUUUUUUGUUUGUUUGUUUGUUUUUUCCUGUUGCGUUUUUGCUCUGAUGCUUCCAAGGCUCUACACUGACCCCUGGUGGCGAAGUAAGAUCCCCCCCCCCCCCCGUUCGAAUGCAGGCAAAUAAUGUUACAAUAGAUUUUGAUUUUUCUUGUACCAAAGAGUUGAGUUUAAUGCUUUUUGCGAAUACUUAAAAGCCAUAAAGUACUGCAGUAUUUUUGAGUCGUAACACGGUGACACUUUUUCAUUUCUGCGCUUUUAAUAGUCUUAAUAAAACGUCAACACAAACACCUAAUCGUUUAUUAACUUCUAACUUCUAAACUCUUAAUUAAAAGCUCAUUUUUUCCAUUAAUUUGUGAGUUAAAGGUUCAAUAUUACACGAAAUUGACUGAAAAUUGAGCUUUAUGUCGUGUUUUAAUUUUUAUUCCUCAAAAACCGACCUAGAUUUGUGUUUUGUUUCAUUCACACAUGUUUGAGUAACUCUUUAUUAUCAGUCUGUUUACAUCUCCAAAGCUCAAAACGCUCUGUUCCACCUUGUGAUGUCACGAACAGCUCAUUUUUACCUUUGGUUCGGUCGAGAUCGGCAAUUCCAGGGCUGAAAUGAUCCAAACGAUUCAAGCGAAUUUGCGUGGAGUUUAAAAACGAGACGGAGAACCCAGAUCUGCAGGGUUUGGGUGUUAAAUUAAAAAUGUGUGAAUGAAACAAAACAUCUGGUGAUAUCGUAUCGUCAGAGUUCUCAGAAUAAUACCGUGGAUCAUCACAAUAUAUCGAAUCACGAGUCUCUUUGCUUAAAUCAGGGGUGUCAAACUCAUUUUGGUCCGGGGGCCAUAUCCAACCGACUUUGAUCCCAAAGGGCCGGAUCAGAAAACUCAUGGAAUAUAAACCUCAAAAAUAACAAUAAGUUCAAAUAUUUGUGCAGAGAAACAAAAAUCUAUUACAGAAAUCUUUUUAAAUUGAUGAACUCUUUCUUUUACAAAAUAUUAUAAUAUUAUGAACAACCUGAAACUUUAAGAAAAAUACAAUUUCAACACAAAGUUUUAACAUGAACUUGUUUGUAAACAGGAAUAAGUCCAUUUUUGUUGUAAAAUCCUGCACUCGGCUCCACUUUUCUCAUGUUGGACAUUUUUCUGAUGAGGGUGUCACGGUCAACAGUCAAAACGAUCGUCCUUUAAGAGCGUUUGGAAAGAGACAAGUCUUCAUUUGUGCUGCUGGUGGGAGGGGCCACGUACAGAGAUGCUGGAGACGCUGAUAUGCUCAGCACCUCAGAAAAUUAACAAGAUUUUAAUUAAAAUAUUUAAGUAGAAAAUCAGCCAAGGGCCAGAUUAAAGGUCUUGGAGGGCCGGAUCUGGUCCCCGGGCCUUAUGUUUGACACAUGUGGCUUAAAUGAAGAGUUAUGGCGCAACAAAAGCUAAAAAAAUAGAAGGAACUACAUAGACCAUGAUCCUUUGCUCCAUUUCAGUGUCAACAACAAGAAAAAAUAACAGUUCUUAGCACUUUUAAGCCGUAGUUCUUUGGAUUAAGUCUUGUCAAGGCAUUUUAACAAGAAAAAGAAGCAGAUUAACAGUUUUGUCCACAAAAUAUCACAAUAAAUAUCGUACCGUGAGAUGUACAUCGAGAAAAUAUCGUAAGGAGAGAUUUGGAUAUUGUUACAUCCCUAAUCCUGAGCUUUCCCACGAUAUCGCAAUAAAUAUCGGACCGUGAGGUUUAUACCGCGACGAUAUCGUUUCUUGAGACUUGGAUAUCGUUACGACCCGAAACAAAACACAACUCCAGGUCGGUUUGUGAUGCAGAAACGACAUUAGAACAUGACGUAAAGGUCGUACAGAGGAUUUUCCAAGGAAAUCCGCAAAAAAAAAAAAGUUUUUGAGGUCGCUGAAAAAAGAAGAGGGGAAAAGGAGCGAAGAAAACUAAGGUGGUUCUUGGAAAUUCCUUCCAGCGAUGGCGCGACUGAAGCAGACGAAGGGUCUAAAGACUGACACGUCGGGCGAUAAAUUACUUCUGGACAAAAAACUUCAACGGCGAUUACCCUAACCCUAAUCCGAAACCAAAAAAAGUCCUUCAUACAACCUUUAAAGCUCACAAGAGUCUAUUUUGUGUAAUAUUUGACCUUUAAGACUAAUAAAAGUGCAGUUAUUUGAAAGUGUUACCAGUAGUUUGAUCCCAUUCCGUCCUCUACGAUGUGCCUGCAUGGUAUCUACUUUUCUAUAUAAGCCUCGUGCCUUUUCGGAUUCAUUUGUGAUAUUUAUCGGUAUUGUUUUUGUAAGAAAAUUAUGGAAAACUUGCCUUAAUUUUUUCUGUCUUGGAUGGUGACUUUUUAGUGCCACUUUUUGUCCAUGUUUGAUCAAAAGUGUGAGAUUUUUCAGUGUGAAUGAAUUGUAUAAAAUGUAUUUGAAAGAUGUA